UUCAUGCACGCCGUACGCUAGUGCUCGUCAGUGCGCUCGCCACUUGGUUUGCAUCAUCAUCAGGAAUGGCGUAUUCUUACGCGGCGCUCGGCACAUUGUUCGCUGCCGUGGCUGUUUUCCUGGUUGCUUCCGGCGGCGUUGUGGAGUCGCGGCACGGCCCUGGGCAAUGCAGCUCGGUCGCGUCGAUCGUGAGCGAGGAGCUAUACAACUCCUUGUUCCUGCACAAGGACGACGCGGCCUGCCCCGCCAAGGGCUUCUACAACUACUCGUCCUUCGUGCAGGCCGCCAGGAGUUUCCCCAAGUUCGCCGGCACCGGCAACCUCGACACCCGCAAGCGCGAGAUCGCCGCAUUCUUCGCGCAAAUCUCUCACGAGACCACAGGCGGUUGGGCUACGGCGCCGGACGGCCCGUACGCGUGGGGCCUGUGCUACAAGGAGGAGAUCAGGCCGGCGAGCAACUACUGCGACGCCACGGACAAGCAGUGGCCGUGCUACCCGGGCAAGUCCUACCACGGCCGGGGCCCCAUCCAGCUCUCGUGGAACUUCAACUACGGGCCGGCGGGGCGGGCGCUGGGCUUUGACGGCCUGCGGAACCCGGAGGUGGUGGCCAACUGCUCGGAGACUGCGUUCCGGACAGCGCUGUGGUUCUGGAUGACGCCGCGGCGGCCCAAGCCGUCUUGCCACGAGGUGAUGGUCGGGGAGUACCGCCCCACGGCGGCCGACGCCGCGGCCAACCGGACGGCAGGGUUCGGGCUCGUAACCAACAUCGUCAACGGCGGGCUCGAGUGCAACCGCACCGACGACGCGCGGGUCAACAACCGCAUCGGGUUCUACCGGAGGUACUGCCAGAUCUUCAACGUCGACGCCGGGCCCAACCUCGACUGCGCGCACCAGCAGCCGUACUAGUUAGCCAGAGUGGGCACGUAGAGCCGAAUUGUUUCUAUCAGAAGAGUCUCUCUCGAUCGUUGUUGGGCAUAAGAAAAAAUAAAAGGAAAAGGAUGGAGCAAAUGCGAAUACAAUA